AUGGCUCCCGAGGCUCCAGAUCCCCAGAGCCUGAAUUCAUGGCAGGAUGCAUUUCAAUACCCGAUCCCUACGGUCCGCCGCGUGGAACAAGAACUGCGGCGAGAUAUCUCAAGCAAUAAGGAGAAGCUCCGAGCUCUUGUGGGGACACGUUAUCGAGAGCUAGUUGGCACAGCUGAGACAAUUGUGGCUAUGAACACAGAUAUACAAGAAGUGGAGGGCAUCUUAUCUGACAUUGGGCGACGGUGUAAUCCACGCCUGAUUGAAAGAAAGCAUGCCCAUGCGCAGCAGAUGAAGAAAGAUGCGACAGGGAAAGAUGCCGAUAAGCAUGCCUUUGGUGCGCAGCUCGCCCUCCUUCAUCAGUGCACGACUUCCAUUGCGCGUCUGCUUCGGAAGCGCUCUUCCUUGCUGCUCGUCGCCAAAAUCCUAGUGGUUUCUCGACAAUUGCACAAUAAGCUUGCGAAGCACGAAUCUACGCCGCCCUUCUUGAAAAACCUACGAGAACAAUUGGCAUCACUGCGCGAGACCCUCUUGAAACGGAUUGAUAAACGCUUGGCCUCUGCAAGCACGACGGAGGAUGGGGUAGUCGAGUCACUGGCAGCGUACUGUCUCGCGAAGAGCUUGUCCUCUGAUGAUGCCAUCCACCAUUUUCAACAGGUGCGACUCGAUGUCAUAAUAAGCCAGCUGGAUAUUUCGUCAGAGAAUAUUCCGAAGUCACUACACCUCUUCAUUCACACCCUGCAGACAUCAAAAAUCCUGCGCUCAAGGCAGUUUACAGAUGUAUUGUCCAAAUUAAAAGCAAGGCCGAUCCUCUCUGAUCCCGCGGUCCGCAACUUGGAUGGACUUGAUGUUGAAGUUCUAGGCCGCUGGGUGGCCCCGGAAAUCAAUAAUUUCACACCUUGGAUUAACUUAAGCGAAUUGAACCGCUCUGAAGGAGUCGAGUCUAUCAAGAAAUGGUCAUCUGAAGCAUUCGAACGCUUGUCAGAAGGGAGCGAUGCAUGCCUCGCUCGGACGAAUGAUUUUGCAGGGAUCUUGUCUUUACGUGCAGAGACUAUUGAGCUUUGGCUCUCUUCCUGGGGUUCAAUAAUUACGCACCGCUCUGAAGACGUUCUGGAGAGAUUGCGGGAUUUGUUCAAUAAUCAUAUCAAACGUGUGUUGAUAACUCAAGUCCAAGGUAUCGACUUGGUCACAGGCCAGAUUUCUUCCACCAUUGCGUCUUUGAAGAAGUCGGAACAAACACCAUUGGGGCGUCUCUGGGAUGGAGAUCUGAUCCUAGCAGACUAUUCGAAUGGAGCCACAGGGUUCAAGAAAACAGUCGCAGAUCGGCUCCUUGGUCGUGACGAGGAAGUCUCCAUUGUUCUGCAGAAGUAUGAGCUCUGGCUUUCCGCCAUCCAUGAUAUCAGCACUUCAAUUGAAGAUCUUCGCCGUCUCCGAUGGACCGAUGUUCUCGUUGGUGGUGAAGAAGACGACGACGAGAUCGACGUCAACCCCCGCCUGAAUGAGGAAGACCCGAAAUCACUCUCAGAAUCUCUUCGUUCGGCUGUUAGAAAAGCAUUUGACGUGCUGCAAUCCUUCUUCGAAGAUGCUUUUAAAACUUCUGGCUCCCAGCACCGGAGCGCGGAUGCUAUUUUCCUUCUGCGGCUGGUUCGGCUUAUGCGACGUGAUCUCCCAACCGAAUUUGUCGUGCAUGACUUCGUUUUCUGCAAGGAUCUUGUACCCGAACUCCAGCAAGUGCUUUCACAGGAUAUUGUUACAAAGAUCGAUUCCCCGUCUCUUAUAAAAGUAAAAGCUCAGAACCUCAAAGCUGUGCCCGGCAGGACUCUCUGGGAAAAGGACCCCGCAAUACCCGUCCAGCCUUCUCCUUCAACAUUCAAGUUUCUCCGUCGUCUUACUGCAACAAUGGAUGAGAAGGGAAGUGAUUUAUGGGAUCCAUCAACCGUCCAAGCUUUGAAAUUGGAGCUGCAGAAGCGGCUGGAGUGGGACAUCAAAUCGGACUUGGAUUCUCUAGCUACGCCUAGUAGCCCAACCAAGUCCUCAGCAAAGCCAAGUGCCGCCGGCGAUCAGCCUCUCGAUGAAGACGAAAGUAAUGAGGGUAAUCGGAACAACAGCCUGGACGCUAACAAUGACUCCAAAGCCAACGCUCUGCGGGAUUGGACGAUUCAGCUUCUUUUUGACACUAUCUACCUGUCAAAUAUGCUAGGCGAUGAAUCCCGGCUUGGAAGUGUCGCCGAUAAUGUCUCAAAGAGCGCAGAGCUUAGCGCGGAGGCUGUUAAGGCCAUCAAGAAGGCAGCUUCGGAUUACUGGAAACAAACAGAGCUGCUAUUUGGGCUGCUGGCUGUUCGGUAG